AUGAGGUCCCAGGCAGGCAAGGCCUCGGGCUGUGGCCUGGUGUGGCAGGAUGAGCUGCAGCCCUGGCAGCGGCGACGGGGUGACGGAGGGGCUGCAGCUGGCGUGGCGGUCUUCCAGAGAAGCACACAAGCCUGGGCAGGUGCGGGCGUGAUGGCACUGCCCUUGCGGAUCUUUCUCUCUGACGGGCUGAGCAUCUUGAGGGUGGAGGCGGGUGUUCAGCGCAGAGUACUUCGGGGCUUACAGCAGGCCCAGGAGAAGGUGGCCGAGAGGGGCUUCUUCUGUUGCAAAUAUUUGUUUCUGCUCAUCUUCAUGAGCGUUAAAGGUUGGAGACGGCUGUUGCGGGCUGAGCCCUGUGUGUGCCAGGUCCUGCCGCAGCCUUGGUCCUUCUGCGCUGACUUUGUCCUUGGUUGCUGUGGGGGUGGGAGGCAGUACCGAGACGAUUACUGCUGGAAGGGGCAUCGGCAGGGUGCCUUCGUGGUCAUGGCACUCUGCCUGCCUCCGUGGCCUCACACGGAGUGGGUCUCGUCAUGGCCAUGCGUCCUGCGGGAUGACUUCCGGCAGAACCCGUCCGACGUCAUGGUGGCGGUGGGCGAGCCCGCGGUCAUGGAGUGCCAGCCCCCCCGCGGCCAUCCCGAGCCCACCAUUUCCUGGAGGAAGGACGGCGCCCCGCUGGACGACAAGGAUGAGAGGAUCACGAUCCGCGGCGGGAAGCUCAUGGUCACGUACACCCGCAAGAGCGACGCUGGCAAGUACGUGUGCGUGGGCACCAACAUGGUUGGCGAGCGCGAGAGCGAGGUUGCGGAGCUGACCGUCCUGGAGCGACCAUCGUUUGUGAAGAGGCCGAGUAACCUGGCAGUCACCGUGGAGGACAGUGCAGAGUUCAAAUGCGAGGCCCGCGGUGACCCUGUGCCCACCGUGCGGUGGAGGAAGGAUGACGGGGAGCUGCCCAAGUCCAGAUAUGAAAUUCGAGAUGAUCACACCUUGAAAAUCCGGAAGGUGAUGGCUGGAGACAUGGGAUCAUACACGUGUGUGGCAGAAAAUAUGGUCGGGAAGGCAGAGGCGUCUGCUACUUUGACUGUUCAAGUUGGGUCUGAACCGCCACAUUUCAUCGUGAAGCCCCGGGACCAGGUUGUGGCCUUGGGACGGACGGUCACUUUUCAGUGCGAAGCAACGGGAAACCCCCAGCCUGCUAUUUUUUGGAGGAGAGAGGGGAGUCAGAACCUGCUGUUCUCGUAUCAGCCACCACAGUCAACCAGCCGGUUCUCGGUGUCGCAGACCGGUGACCUGACCGUCACCAACGUCCAGCGGUCUGACGUUGGCUAUUACAUCUGCCAGACUUUGAACGUUGCUGGAAGCAUCAUCACGAAAGCGUACCUAGAAGUCACGGAUGUGGUGGCAGACCGGCCUCCCCCGGUCAUCCGGCAGGGUCCUGUGAACCAGACCGUGGCAGUAGACAGCACACUUGUCCUCAGCUGUGUGGCCACAGGCAGUCCCAUGCCCACGAUUCUGUGGAGGAAGGACGGGGUCCUCGUCCCCACCCAGGACUCGCGCAUCCAGCAUCUGGAGAGUGGACUGCUGCAGAUCCGAUACGCCAAGCUGGGCGACACGGGCCGGUACACCUGCAUAGCGUCCACCCCCAGCGGCGAGGCGACCUGGAGCGCGUACAUUGAGGUCCAAGAAUUUGGAGUUCCGGUGCAGCCGCCAAGACCCACAGACCCUAACUUAAUCCCAAGUGCCCCCUCCAAGCCCGAAGUCACAGACGUCGGCAGGAACAUGGUGACGCUCUCGUGGCAGCCAAACUUGAACUCAGGAGCGACGCCCACCUCCUACGUCAUAGAAGCCUUCAGCCACGCCUCGGGCAGCAGCUGGCAGACUGUGGCAGAGAGUGUGAAGACGGAGACGUUUGCCGUGAAGGGACUCAAGCCCAAUGCCAUUUACCUCUUCCUCGUGCGGGCAGCAAACGCCUAUGGCAUCAGUGACCCGAGCCAGAUUUCAGACCCCGUGAAGACACAAGGACUUUUUGCCUCAGAAUUUUCACAGAGAAAGCAUACCGAGCCAUGGGCCACGCACACAUCUGUCCGGCAUGUGAACGUGACACCUGGUUCCUGUGUCCCGUCGUGGGUCACCCGGCAGGGCUGUGACCACUUGACAUCUCACGGCAGGGGCCGUCCCGUGCCUGGAGGGACCACCCGGAAGGCAGCCCAGGCCCGAGGGGGCGUCCCCACAGGCGAGUCUGUCCUGCGGCAGUGCCGGCCAGAGAUGUGGGGGACGCGUGGUGAGCAGAGAGGCGCCAGCACUGCCCGGUCGUUCCGUGUUGCUGAUGGACAAGGGUACUGUGUGGGCCAGGAGUCUGUCCGGCCACAGAGCGUGCGCUGCACAGGGCCGGUGGCCACCCUCGAAUACACUUCUUGGGUGCACGCGCCGAGAAGCUUCGGGGCCCACAGGGGCUUGGGCUUCUGCUCUGCUUCGCCCUGGUUUUCCUCGUUGGGGCUGUUUUCCUUUCGUCUGUGUGGGGAUCCCCCUAGAAGCGCGCGGCUCUGGGUACGGCGGAGCGGGCGGAGACGGGGGCGCGCCGGCCUGGGACCAGCUCGGGCGGCGAGCGGGCGUCGGGCUCCCUCUGCCGGUGGCCGCGGCGGCCUGCGGGUCGUCUUCAGCCCCUGGGCCUCCGGUGACCGGAGCGCGCGCUCGCCGCAGAGACGUUGGGAAGAGGCGGGUGUGGAGGAUCUGGGGGCCGCAGCGUGUAUAGCUCUCCCUGACUGUGCACAAGCAACAGCUUACGCGGUGACAAAAAGCCGCGUUGCCCCGGAAAACAGCCUUCCUGUGUUUGCGCGUUGGGUUGCCCUGGGGACCGGCCCUGGGUCGGUGCUCUCCCGUGCAGGUUGCUUGCUUUUUCCGUCAGACCUGAGUUGGAAAGUCUGGUGUCUGGGCAACGAGACGCGGUACCACAUCAACAAGACCGUCGACGGGUCCACCUUCUCCGUGGUCAUCCCCUCCCUGGUGCCCGGGAUCCGGUACCGGGUCGAGGUGGCGGCCAGCACGGGGGCCGGCCCUGGUGUGAAGAGUGAGCCUCAGUUCAUCCAGCUGGAUUCCCAUGGAAACCCCGUGUCCCCCGAGGACCAGGUCAGCCUUGCCCAGCAGAUUUCGGAGGUGGUGCGGCAGCCGGCGUUCAUCGCGGGCAUCGGGGCGGCCUGCUGGGUGGUCCUCAUGGUCUUCAGCGUCUGGCUCUACCGGCACCGCAAGAAGAGGAGCGGCCUGGCCAGCACCUAUGCGGGCAUCAGGAAAGUCCCGUCCUUCACCUUCACGCCGACAGUAACGUACCAGAGAGGCGGCGAAGCUGUGAGCAGCGGAGGGAGGCCGGGGCUCCUGAACAUCGGUGAGCCCGCGGCGCAGCCCUGGCUGGCGGACACGUGGCCCAACACCGGCAACAACCACAACGACUGCGCCAUCAGCUGCUGCACGGCCGGCACCGGGAACAGUGACGGCAACCUCACCACCUACAGCCGCCCAGCUGACUGCAUAGCCAACUACAGCAACCAGCUGGACAACAAGCAGACCAACCUGAUGCUCCCUGAGCCCACCGUCUACGGCGACGUGGACCUCAGCAACAAGAUCAACGAGAUGAAGACCUUCAACAGCCCCAACCUGAAGGACGGGCGCCUCGUGGGUCCGGCGGGGCAGCCCACGCCCUACGCCACCACCCAGCUCAUCCAGUCCAGCCUGGGCACCGCCAGCAACGGCGCGGAGGGCGACAAGCCCUGGAAGCCCCCGGGCCCGCAGAAGCCAGAGGCGGCGCCGGCCCAGUACAGCAUCAUGGAGCAGAACAAGCUCAACAAAGAUUACCGAGCAAAUGACCCGAUUCCUCCGACCAUCCCCUACAACCAGUCCUAUGACCAGAACACUGGCGGGUCUUACAACAGCUCAGACCGAGGCAGCAGUACAUCGGGGAGCCAAGGCCACAAGAAAGGUGCCCGCACACCCAAGGUGCCUAAGCAGGGGGGCAUGAGCUGGGCCGACCUGCUGCCGCCACCCCCGGCACACCCUCCCCCGCACACUGGCGGGGAGUACGGCAUCCCCGGGGACGAGAGCUACGACCAGGAUGUGCCAUGCCCCCUGCCGCCCGCGAGGAUGUACCUGCAGCAGGAUGAGCUGGAGGGGGAGGAGGAUGAGCGCGGCCCCACGCCCCCCGUGCGGGGGGCCGCGUCCUCCCCGGCGGCCGUGUCCUACAGUCACCAGUCCACCGCCACCCUGACGCCCUCGCCCCAGGAGGAGCUGCAGCCCAUGCUGCAGGACGGCGCCGAGGAGGCCGGCCACCUGCAGCACCAGCCCGACCGCAGACGGCAGCCCGUGAGCCCCCCUCCUCCACCACGGCCCGUCUCCCCGCCGCACACCUACGGCUACAUCUCGGGCCCGCUGGUGUCAGACAUGGACACGGACGCGCCGGAGGAGGAGGAGGACGAGGCCGACGUGGAGGUGGCCAAGAUGCAGACCCGUCGGCUCCUGCUGCGUGGCCUGGAGCAGACCCCCGCCUCGAGCGUGGGGGACCUGGAGAGCUCCGUCACCGGCUCCAUGAUCAACGGCUGGGGCUCGGCCUCCGAGGAGGACAACGUCUCCAGCGGGCGUUCCAGCGUCAGCUCCUCGGAUGGCUCCUUCUUCACCGACGCCGACUUUGCCCAGGCGGUGGCCGCGGCCGCGGAGUACGCAGGCCUCAAGGUGGCGCGACGGCAGGUGCAGGACGCUGCGGGCCGCCGACAUUUCCACGCGUCGCCGUGUCCCAGGCCCACCAGCCCUGUGUCCACAGACAGCAACAUGAGUGCCGCCAUCGUGCAGAAAGCCCGGCCAGCCAAGAAACCAAAGCACCAGCCGGGACACCUGCGCAGAGAGGCCUACGUGGACGACCUCCCGCCUCCCCCGGUGCCCCCGCCCGCCAUCAAGUCACCCACCGCCCCGUCCAAGGCACAGCUGGAGGUGCGGCCUGUCAUGCUGCCCAAGCUCCCUUCCAUGGAGGCGAGAACGGACAGAUCGUCAGACAGAAAAGGAGGCAGCUACAAGGGGAGAGACGCGCUGGACGGGAGGCAGGUGGCCGAUGCGAGAGUGCCUCCCGGUGACCUCAGAGACGUGCAGGAGCCGCCGGGCGACGGGAAGGGCCGUGGGGGCAGGGCCGCACGGCGAGACCCUCCGGCUGCAAAGACACACCUCGUCCAAGAGGACAUCCCGCCCUACUGCAGACCUACCUUCCCGACGUCGAACAAUCCCAGAGACCCCAGUUCCUCGAGCUCCAUGUCAUCGAGAGGGUCAGGAAGCAGGCAGAGGGAGCCGGCGAGCGCAGGCCGGAGGAACAUCGCGGAAAUGCAGGUGCUUGGAGGCUGCGAGAGGGAAGACGACAAUGAAGAAGUGGAGGAGACCGAGAGCUGAAGCCGCCGCGAGGCCCCCGAGAUCAGACGUGGGACCAGCCCUCGAUGCC